CCGAGGAGCCCGCAGCGGCUCCGGGCUCAGAGCUCUCCCGGCUUGGAGAGCGGGCGGGAGCCGGGGGCUGGGCCGGUGCGGGCGGCGAGGCGGAUGAGGAGGCGCGGGGGUAGCAGGGAGGCCGGGGCUUAGCGUCCGGCGGCGUCGGGGCCCCGGCCGCAGCCUCUUCCCUUGGCGCGUUGCUGGCACCUGGUCUCUGCGCCCAGGGCGCACGGCGGGCAGGGACGCAGCCCGGCCUCUUGGCCGCCAUGGAGCCGGCCCCCUCCGGCGACCCCGAGCUGCAGCCCCAGCUCCUCGCCAACGCGUCGGACGCCUUCCCCAGCGCCUUCCCCAGCGCGGGUGCCAACGCGUCGGGGCCGCCAGGAGCACGGAGCGCCUCGUCCCUUGCCCUGGCUAUCGCCAUCACCGCGCUCUACUCGGCGGUGUGCGCCGUGGGGCUCCUGGGCAACGUGCUCGUCAUGUUCGGGAUCGUCCGGUACACUAAGAUGAAGACGGCCACCAACAUCUACAUUUUCAACCUGGCCUUGGCAGACGCCCUGGCCACCAGCACACUGCCCUUCCAGAGUGCCAAGUACCUGAUGGAGACAUGGCCCUUUGGGGAACUGCUCUGCAAGGUCGUGCUGUCCAUUGACUACUACAACAUGUUCACCAGCAUCUUCACGCUCACCAUGAUGAGCGUUGACCGCUACAUUGCUGUCUGCCACCCCGUCAAGGCCCUGGACUUCCGCACCCCUGCCAAGGCCAAGCUGAUCAACAUCUGCAUCUGGGUCCUGGCCUCCGGUGUUGGUGUACCCAUCAUGGUCAUGGCUGUGACCCGCCCCCGGGAAGGAGCAGUGGUGUGCAUGCUCCAGUUCCCCAACCCCAGCUGGUACUGGGACACGGUGACCAAGAUCUGUGUGUUCCUCUUCGCCUUCGUCGUGCCCAUCCUGGUCAUCACCGUGUGCUACGGCCUCAUGCUGCUGCGCCUGCGCAGCGUGCGCCUGCUGUCGGGCUCCAAGGAGAAGGACCGCAGUCUGCGGCGCAUCACCCGCAUGGUGCUGGUGGUGGUGGGCGCCUUCGUGGUGUGCUGGGCCCCCAUCCACAUCUUCGUCAUCGUCUGGACGCUGGUGGACAUCGACCGCCGCGACCCGCUCGUGGUGGCCGCGCUGCACCUGUGCAUCGCGCUUGGCUACGCCAACAGCAGCCUCAACCCCGUGCUCUACGCCUUCCUCGACGAGAACUUCAAGCGCUGCUUCCGCCAGCUCUGCCGCAUGCCCUGCGGCCGCCGGGAGCCCAGCAGCUUCAGCCGCGCCCGCGAAGCCACGGCCCGCGAACGGGUCACCGCCUGCACCCCGUCCGACGGCCCCGGCGGUGGCGCAGCGGCCUGACCCGGGGCCGGCCGGCCAGCCACGCGCCCCUCCGGAGGGACCCGGCGGUUAGGCGGAGUCCUAGUGGGGGCGGGGGCCACUACGCGGGGUGGGGCGGGCGGGGUCCC